UGGAAGGGAAGAGUACCCUUUAAAUAAAGGGCGCGAGGGCUGCCCAGGAGCGCACCCCUGUCCACCUCCUCCUUCACGUCGCCUGUGAGAAGGAGCCAAACCCGAGGGAGAUGAUGGGGCCCGAGGAGUACAGAGAGAGAGGAAAGGAGAUGGUGGAUUACAUCUGCCAGUACCUGAGCACUGUGCGGGAGCGGCGUGUGACUCCAGACGUGAGACCUGGCUACCUGCGAGGCCAGCUGCCGGAGAGUGCUCCCGAGGAGCCUGACAGCUGGGACAGCAUCUUUGGAGACAUUGAGCGAAUCAUCAUGCCUGGGGUGGUACAUUGGCAAAGCCCCCAUAUGCACGCCUACUACCCAGCUCUCACCUCUUGGCCAUCACUGCUGGGAGACAUGCUGGCUGAUGCCAUUAACUGCUUAGGAUUCACAUGGGCUUCCAGCCCUGUGUGCACAGAACUGGAGAUGAACAUCAUGGACUGGCUGGCAAAAAUGCUGGGACUCCCUGAGCACUUCUUGCACCAUCACCCCAGCAGCCAAGGGGGAGGCGUCUUGCAGAGCACAGUCAGCGAGUCCACCUUGAUCGCCUUGUUGGCAGCACGGAAGAACAAAAUCUUGGAAAUGAAAGCAUCUGAGCCUGGGGCAGAUGAGUCCUGCCUGAAUGCCCGGCUCAUCGCCUAUGCCUCCGACCAGGCCCACUCUUCAGUGGAAAAGGCUGGUUUGAUUUCUCUGGUCAAGAUGAAAUUUCUGCCUGUGGAUGACAACUUCUCGCUCCGAGGGGAAGCUCUUCAGAAAGCCAUUGAGGAGGACAGGGAGCGGGGCUUGGUGCCUGUCUUUGUCUGUGCAACACUGGGGACCACUGGGGUCUGUGCAUUUGACUGCCUGUCGGAGCUGGGCCCCAUCUGUGCCAGCGAGGGGCUGUGGCUCCACAUCGAUGCUGCCUAUGCAGGCACCGCCUUCCUGUGCCCCGAGUUCCGGGGGUUUCUGAAGGGCAUCGAGUAUGCCGAUUCCUUCACGUUUAAUCCUUCUAAGUGGAUGAUGGUGCACUUUGACUGUACUGGGUUCUGGGUCAAGGACAAGUACAAGCUACAGCAGACCUUCAGCGUGAACCCUGUCUACCUCAGGCAUGCCAACUCGGGCGUGGCCACCGACUUCAUGCACUGGCAGAUACCCCUGAGCCGGCGGUUUCGCUCUAUUAAACUCUGGUUUGUGAUUCGGUCCUUUGGGGUGAAGAAUCUUCAAGCGCACGUUAGACAUGGUAUUGAAAUGGCUAAAUAUUUUGAAUCUUUGGUCAGAAAUGACCCUUUCUUUGAAAUUCCUGCCAAGAGGCACCUCGGCCUGGUGGUUUUUCGUCUAAAGGGUCCUAAUUGUCUCACCGAAAGUGUACUAAAGGAAAUAGCUAAAGCUGGCCGUCUCUUCCUCAUCCCAGCCACGAUCCAGGACAAGUUGAUCAUCCGUUUCACUGUGACAUCCCAGUUCACCACCAGGGAUGACAUCCUGAGAGACUGGAACCUCAUUCAUGAUGCCGCCACUCUCAUCCUGAGUCAGCAUUGUACUUCCCAGCCUAGCCCUCGGCUGGGGAACCUCAUCCCCCAAACCCAGGGCCCCAGAGCCUUGGCCAAGGAAAUGUCCUUUCCAUCUGUCAACGGGGCAGAAGAUGACCCAGCCCAGGCCAGGAAGAUCAUCAGGCAGCCUCCGAGUGUGGGAGCCAGUCUUGUGAGAGGGGGAGGUAGCUGUCAUCUUGAAAUCCUGCAGGACCCAUUUGAUGACUGCUUUUCAGAAGAGGCCCCAGAUGUCACCAAGCACAAGCUGUCCUCCUUUUUGUUCAGUUAUUUGUCUGUGCAGAAUAAGAAGAAGGCAGUGCGUUCCCUCAGCUGCAACAGCGUGCCUGUAAGUGCUCAGAAGCCACUGCCCACAGAUGGCUCUGUGAAGAAUGGCGGCUCCUCCCGGGUUAGAAUCUUUUCUAGGUUUCCGGAAGAGAUGAUGGUGCUAAAGAAAAGUGCCUUCAAAAAACUAAUCAAGUUCUACAGUGUCCCCAGCUUUCCUGAAUGCAGCUCUCAAUGUGGGUUCCAGCUGCCCUGCUGCCCCCUGCAGGCAAUGGUUUAGACCAGGGGGUUCAGCCAGAGUCCAUGAAUGUGUUUCAGGGAGUCUCUGAACCCCUCAAAAUUGUAUGCUUCUGUGGGUGAAUUUAUGUGCUUCUCUGUGUGUGCAUUUUUCUUGGGAGAAAGCUUAUAAUUUUUUAUCAGGUUCUCAUAGAACCUGAUAUGAUAGAAAUGGAGAGUUUAAGCCAGCAUGGUCCAGAAGAUUCUAGCAGGCUGGUGAGAGAGAAAGGGUCUAGGGUAGUGUACUGAGAGGCAGCUUCUGUGGUUUAGCUUGUGACAUGAACUAUAAUGUGAUAAUAAAUUGUGAUUGUCCCUGAAAAAAGCAUGUCCUGCAUCACAUAAUUGACCACUGAAAUAUUGAUUAAUUAACCUGGGCAUGUUCUGGAGACUAAAUGACUUUGAUUAUGAGAAAAAAGAGUUGGAGACACUUUUGGUAUGAAGAAGGCAGGCAGCUUGAGUCAGGCACUGUGACUUCCAGUUUAUAAAUGAGGAAAUGGAGGCCCCAAGUCACAUGACUUAUAAAAGGGCAAACUCAGGCCUCUUUGUCUUCAAUAAAGUCCUGGCUAUUCCCACCAGACUGAACUGUUGAAGGUUGAACUUGAUCAGAAGCUCACCAUUCAGCAGGUCCUUCUCGUCCUUCACUACAGUUAAAUGUUCCCUUUCUGGUUUUGAAACUUGUGCACUUCCUCUUUUUCUUCUGGAUUCUGUAGUCAAAUAAACACCGUGCUCACAAGCA